AAGACGGUCGGAUUCUUGGGCGGUUUUUGCUUGCUUUUCAAUCAAAUGACUGGUCCUGCCAUUCCAUUCACCAGUGCCAACUUCCAAGAUCCUGGGUGGUUAUUCACUACAAUCAUGUACUUGGUCUUCUCUGUCGUAUCCGGCUUCUCUGUGCUAUUUCUAGUCGAGGCCAUCAAGGUUAUUCCCGGAAAUUCAAAUUUUCAGGGUGACGUUGAAUAUGGCACAAUUAUAAAUUUCUACUUUGGCAAAAAUCUGCACUUUGUUGCUCAGCUUGUCCUCUAUGGUGCAUUGCAAUCCAAUGCAAUACAAUGUAUUGUUCUUACAGCCCAGGCUACAGACAAUUUACUCAUCAGCUUAUUCGGUAGUACAUGUGGCCUAUCCUUUUCGAAUGGAUGGAUGUGUGUAACCCAGCAAAGUAUCUAUGUUCCAUCUCCGUUUGAAAGCAAUCUGAUGGUUUUUACCUUUGGACUGCUAGUUGUUAUUCUAUUUUGCCUUCCCCUUAGUUUCACCGACAUGGACAACAAUAUUAUGUUCAACAUCUUAAUGGCCAUGCUUUCGAUUGCACUCGGCACUUCCUGGAUAUACUCGUCAUUUGUUACAGGAUUAGAUACUCGCCGUGUUCCUGCUGUAACUGGACUGACUCUCAAAUACGGCCAAGUCGUGGGCACAGUAUUACUGAAUCUAGGAGCAACUACUGUUGUUCCCACCUGGAUCAAUCUCAAGCAUCGGGACGUCAGUGUACAAAAUCUGGUGUGGAUUGCUAUUGGUGCAUCAACUGCCUACUACAUAUGCAUUGGUGUUUUGUGUGGUUUGGGAUUCCCCCUAGACGAGUCUGGUAACUUGCUGCAUUCUUUGCUGUUAGUUGGCAAGCCAGAACUGGUUGCUACCAUUUCCAUUGGCGUGUUUGCGUAUGUCAUGCUUUUGCCUUCGGUUCCUGUGAGCUUCAUGGUUUCAAGAGACAAUUUGGUUCAAAACGAAGUCAUGUCCAAGCAAUCUGCAUCGUUCUUGUCCUUUGUGCUUCCGUGGAUUCUGUUGAUUCCACUUCAAACCGGUGUUGUCAUUUAUGAUUUUCAGACGUGGAUGUCGCUAUUUUUCACUGCCACAGCAAACUUUGUUAUUCCAUUUCUCAUGUAUUUCAAGUGUGUGGAGUUUCGU